GUCGGCUCCAGCGCAUCUUUUUACAGAGUCGUCUCUUUUUACAGGCCGAGGAAGACAAUUUCAAUGCAAUGAUUGCUGCUAUUCAAGAACAAUUACGAAAAGCAAAUUACGAACAUUUUACGAAUGUAUACGAUGCUUGUAGACAUCAAGACAUUGAACAGUAAGUUGUUAUAAAAUAACGUAAAAUUAUUGUACAUUGUAAAACAUUGAAUUGUUGCACAAAAUGUACAAUACCCAAUAAACUUGGAGUGGCCAAAUUUGGAAUGUUUAUAUUGCAGCAAACCGGUCUGAUUUGUUUUGACUUGUAGACGGGGCUGUUCUUAUGGAGCCGGGCUGGCCCGGUUAACGUGGAUAGUGUGUUUAAAAUAAAGUUCUUAUCACGGCUUUGAUAAACAUUCAAAAUGACAUAUCAAAGUUGAAUUAGCUUAGUUUGAUUCCAGUAGCAGUAUAAAGUUUAUUGAAACGAUUUUCGUGACACAAUUCAUCCCGUCUAAGCGGGCUGCCUCGGCUCAUAUACAACCCCUAAGAAGUUUACUUUCAUACCUGAAUGUACGUGCACGAAGAAAGUGAACCCCCCCCCCAAAAAAAAAAAAAUUGUUUCAAAAACAACGAAAAAAUAGUUUCAAAAAGUUGUGUUGUUUUUCAGGAAAGGAUAUAUUGACAUGCUGGAACUUCACAAUGUCGUUCGUUCCUUCAACAUUCCAGCGAAACAAGAAUUAUUGGAUGGUGUCCUUAUGCGUAUGCAGAGAAAUAGUAAUGGUCAAGUUGAUUACAAGCAGUAUAUUGAUGCUAUUAACUGGCGUGACCAUCCAGGUGGGUUCCAGUCUUUACCACAUGUGAAGACUUGGGUGUUUAUAUUAUGUUUUACUUCGAUUAAAGGCGGACAAUUUUACAUCUCAAUAGGCUUUUGGAAAGUACGCCACUUUGGCUAUAGAGCCUCGUUUUCACAUUAGUUAGAGCCAUGCAAGCGUCGCAAUCAUGAGAGCAUAGAAAUAAUAGAAUAGAUGGUUUGGAAACUCAUUAGAAUAACAAUAUAACUCUUUAUCUAUGUUGGUCAACGUUUAUUCAUCAAUAUGGUCCUUCACCGUCAUGUGUGUAUUGUAUUUUUGGCCAAAUCAGUCCAUCAAUUAGCAAUUUCCAAUUUACGUUAUUGUUCGAGUCACGGGAUAGGUAACUUUCCUAAACAUUGCUAUUGGUUAGUUGGGCAAAAACACAAUACGCACGUGACGGUUAACGACCAGAUUUAUGAAUAAACGUUGACUAACAUAGAUAAUGAGUUAUAUUGUUAUUCUAAUGAGUUUCCAAACCAAUCUAUUCUAUUAACUAUGAUGAGGGCAAGGCUCUAUAGCCAAGGUGACGUACGUUCUGGAAGCGUUUAUUGACUGUAUUGGGUUGAAACAAAAAGGAAGAACACUGCAGUGUACAUAUUACUCUAUUAAACAGUGUACAUAUUACUCUAUUAAACUUUGAGAGGAUAUAGAGCAAUCAUUCAAUAUAAGAAAAAUACAUUAGAACUGGAAGAAUUUCUACUAAACUUUACCCACUUGUGGCAAUAGGGUAGGUACGGCAGAAGAGCGACGUAUGAAUCAAUUAAGUACGGCAGAAUUUGGAGCGGCAAAAGUUCGACACAAGUUUGGCAGAGCUUGUCGCAUUAUGCGACGUUGGAGCGACAUUGAUUCAUACGCCGCUCCACUCAUGUGCCAAACUUAACUCAACUUUAGUCUAAAAAUAAACUUAUUUAUUUUGAAUUUUAUUGAGGUUUCGCUGGCGAAUGCGCCCCAACCUUGUCAAUAACAUAGUACUUGGUACGCCGUUUGAAUCACUGCCGUUCUUGUGUCGCAUCUAAUACAAUUGAGUUCGGCACAUGAAGAGUACGCCGUUUGAAACGGGCCUAAUACUCGUUCCUCCUCAGUAUAGGUACUUUUAUUAAUAAUCUUUAUCCAUUUUUAGUUAGCAUCCAGAGGUACGUCCCCGUUUCUAUUGCAGAAACCAAAGCCAAGGUAGGUCAUUUCUCAUUAAUAUAAGUAUAACAUUAUUGUAUAUUCAUGUUGAUACAUCGUGUGUGAAAAUUCGCUACAAGUGAAAAUGCAAGUGAAAAUUCGCUACUUUUGCGCCGGUUUUGUAUAGUAUCAUGCACUAACAUGGAAAGUCCAAAAAUAAUUAGAGCCUUAGAACUAUAUUUUUACUUACGUUAUGUCCAAGCCUAGAAAAUAUAUUUCUCUUCCUGGCAGCAAAAUCCAAAAAUAAAAAUGUCCUGUGCAAGUCAAAUAUAAAACUUCCUGCUGUAUCUGUAGAUUUCAGAGAACGUAUUGUGCCACACAUUGUGUAAACAAUUGUGGUGGACAAUCUCGAAUUGCAAAAUGCUGUUGUAAACAAUAAGUAAAUUAUAUGGCAUUCCAGUAUAUAAGAUGACAAAAAUUUCCCGUAAGAUGUAUAAGAAAAUCCCCCAACUCAAUGUUGAACCUGUGUCAUGGUAAAUUACCAAAUGUUGUUAUUUUCGAUGUUAUUCACAACAAAGAACUAGAAGAAAGGGGGUGACGAAGUUUGUUUUGUCAAUGUGCAUUAACUUUGCCGUAUUGGCUCGAAUGGUCUCAAGAGUUGUAUCCAAGAUUGUAGGUUUUUGUUUCACUCACUGAUAUUCAGCCAAUCAGCGUAAGCCAAGACUAGGCCAGAUGAUGAUUUUAAUCUGAUAUCUGGCGUAUGAGGUAAUCGAAGAAACACCACGACUUGAAUUUCACUUGAUAUUGUGUAUAUUUAUUGUGGUUAUUUCUAUUUUCAGGAACGUAUUGGACCUUUGGAAGGUGUCAUGGCAGUCAACUAUAAAGCUUUGCUCAAAGAUCUUCUUCUUAGUGACUAAUGACUUUAUGUAUAUAAAAUAUUGGUGUAGAAAUGUAAUAAACCUGUAAAUCUUAAAUUGUAACCGG